CGGCGGCCCCCCCCCGCCCCCCACUACCGGCGGCGGCCCCUUCGCAGCCAGGCGCCGCUGAGGCGCUCCCGCGGGCGCAGCACGACCGCGGCCCCGGCCCCGGCCCGGCGGCGGCAGGAUGAAGUUCGCCGAGCACCUCGCGGCCCACAUCACUCCCGAGUGGCGGAAGCAGUACAUCCAGUAUGAGGCUUUGAAAGAGAUGCUAUAUGCAGCUGUGGACCAGGCCCCAUCUAUAGAAGACACAGAUGAAGAUACAGUGAAAAGAUGUUUUGCCACGUUUGAAGAGAAGUUCUUCCAAACCUGUGAGAAAGAACUGGCCAAAAUCAACAUUUUCUAUUCAGAAAAGCUUGCAGAAGCUCAGCGCAGGUUUACUACUCUUCGGACUGAGUUGCAGUCAACUUUGGAUGCACAGAAAGAAGCCAGCGGGGCUUCCACGCUGCAGCGGCGCAGAAAGCCGGUCUUCCACCUGUCCCAUGAAGAGCGUGUCCAGCAUAGGAAUAUCAAAGAUCUGAAAUUGGCCUUCAGCGAGCUCUACCUCAGCCUCAUCUUACUGCAGAACUAUCAGAACCUGAACUUCACUGGCUUCCGCAAGAUCUUGAAGAAGCAUGACAAGAACUUGGAGACAGCGCGGGGUGCAGAGUGGCGGGUGGCUGAGGUGGAGGUGGCACCCUUCUACACCUGCAAGAAGAUCAACCAGCUCAUCUCCGAAACAGAGGAAGUGGUGACCAAUGAGUUAGAAGAUGGAGACAGACAGAAGGCUAUGAAACGUUUGCGUGUUCCACCCUUAGGAGCAGCUCAGCCUGUACCGGCCUGGACUACAUUCAGGGUUGGAUUGUUCUGUGGGUUGUUCAUUGCACUGAACGUCACUGUCAUACUUUCAGGUGUGGCUUUCAUAAAAGGACCAAAUGUGUGGCCACUGGUGAGAAUCUAUCGAGGUGGCUUUCUCCUGAUAGAAUUCCUCUUUCUCCUGGGUAUCAACACAUAUGGCUGGAGACAGGCUGGAGUGAAUCAUGUCCUCAUCUUCGAACUCAAUCCCCGCAGCAACUUGUCCCAUCAACAUCUCUUUGAGAUUGCUGGUUUCCUGGGGGUUUUGUGGUGCCUGAGCCUGCUGGCAUGUAUAUAUGGUCCAUUCACCUACAUCCCCAUGCAGGUGAAUCCGCUCAUCUUGUAUGGCUUCAUGUUGCUUUUUCUCAUCAACCCUACCAAAACCUUAUAUUACAAGUCCCGUUUUUGGCUGCUCAAAUUAUUGUUUCGAGUGUUCACUGCUCCCUUCCACAAGGUAGGCUUUGCAGAUUUCUGGCUGGCUGAUCAGCUCAACAGCCUGGUUGUGAUACUCAUGGAUCUGGAAUACAUGAUCUGCUUCUACAGCUUUGAGGUUCAGUGGGAGGACAAUGCUGGACUUCUGGCAAAUACAGAUAAUCAGAUUUGUUACAGCUACUCCUACGGAGUGAGAGCAGUUGUUCAGUGCAUCCCCGCCUGGUUGCGAUUCAUCCAGUGCCUGCGCCGUUACCGUGAUAACAAACGGGCCUUUCAUCUGGUUAACGCUGGAAAAUAUUCCACCACCUUCUUCGUGGUGACAUUUGCAGCUCUCUACAGCACUCACAAAGCUAAAAACCACAGUGACACCCAAGUGUUCUUCUACCUGUGGAUUAUCUUCUAUUUCAUCAGCUCUUGCUAUACCCUAAUUUGGGACCUGAAGAUGGACUGGGGUCUCUUUGACAAAAAUGCUGGUGAAAAUACCUUUCUUCGAGAAGGAAUUGUCUACCCACAGAAAGCAUACUACUAUUGUGCCAUCGUAGAAGACGUCAUCCUGCGUUUUGCAUGGACCAUCCAGAUCUCCCUCACCUCCAUGCAGAUCUUUCCCUACGCUGGGGACAUCAUUUCUACUGUAUUUGCCCCGCUCGAGGUAUUCCGGCGGUUCGUGUGGAACUUCUUCCGCCUGGAGAACGAGCACCUGAACAACUGCGGUGAGUUCCGUGCCGUGAGGGACAUCUCCGUGGCCCCGCUCAACGCCGAUGACCUGACGCUCUUGGAUCAGAUGAUGGACCAGGAAGAUGGUGUACGGAACCGCCGCAAGAACAAACAGUGGAAGCGCAGCCAGAGCGUGUGCUUGCGCAGGCCUCGGCUGGCUUCACAGUCCAAGGCUUGUGACACUAAGGUAUUGAUAGAGGACCUAGCGAAUGAAGCGAACACAUGAGAUGGCCAUGGCCUCUUAUUCCACAUCCUUUGUUUUCGUUCUGUUCUCCUCCUCCCCAAGUAACCUGAUCUCUGGUACAGUUCCAGCUGAAAACAGGAGAAAACACUGAACACGUUUUCCGAGCUCUUCCAGCCCAGAUCCUACGGACUCCAACAAGCUCACUGUGUUUCGUUUCUUUUCUUCUGGGUUAAUUUUAAUGUUCUAUUUUAAAAAACAAAACAAAACAAACAAACAAAAAUAAAAUAUUUUACUUUGUUUUGCCAAUAAAGAGGACAGUUCAGGAAAGAAGGAUUGUUUACAGUCUCAACAAGGACAUAACAAACCUGUCUGGAUCACGAAGCAUCGUAGGGACUCCCUCACGGGACCGUGCCAAGAGCACACUCGGUUCCUGCUUGGCCCGGUUUUGACUGGUUGAAACCGGACUUAAGUUUUUAAAUCUGAUUAAUUUUUUUGGUUUUAUCCUUGGGGUUUUGGUUGUUUGGUUUUUUUUUUCUUCAUAUCCAGCGCUGAGGCACUGGCUGCACUUGCAGGGAAAGUGCACUUAGAGCAGUAUCUUCAUUCAUGAAGCUACUUUUUAAUUUGAUGUAACUUUUCUUAUGAUUUUUUUUGGAAAUAUGAUGUGUCUGUUGCAUAUAGUUUUCACAUUAUUUAUGAAACUUAACAACCAUAUGAGAGUGGUUUUUUGAGUCCUGUGCAAUGAAAGUUGUAACGGUAAAACAAAGCCGGGAAUGUAGUUCUAGGUCCUCCAGGGUUGUGGGGUUCUACCCUGCAAAUACCCCUCUCGUGAGACAACUUGCACCUCUGUUUACGUUUUCUCUCUUUCUCUCUCUCUCUCUUUUGUUUCAAUUUGAUUUUCUUUCAAACCAAAGUUUCUCUUUCUGGUGUGUUUUAGUUGCUGCUACCGCUUCUGGCCAUGUCUCUCAUGCCGUUUGACGCCACUUUCCAUGUGGCUGUGUGAAAGUAGUGCAGAUGAUCCUCAGGCCCUUUGAAAGGACAGUUGGGUCCUACCAACAGUGCAAAAAGCUAGGUGAACAAAGGCUUCAGAACUCCAUUCUCCAGAUCAAAAGUUAGUUUUUUCAAAGCCUUAACAAUCUUUAGAUUGUAUGAGGGCAUCCUGGACUGAGCAGGGCGUCGGGAGCAGUGCUAUUGUUGGAGAGCUGUCAGGGAGCAUGGAUAGAAAGGGCUGUGGUGUGUUCAGCUGGUGGGGAAGGUGAGAUUGAAAAUGGGUCUCCUUGGGGCUGCUGGUUUGGCCAAAAGCUUCUGUCGGGUGCCACUUGCUCCUUGCCCACCCUGAGGGCAGCAAGGGAAGGGGGAAUCUUGAAGUAGAGUCCUGUGCUGAUGUCUGUCUGGUGACUUUCCUCUACUUCAGGCAAUGGAAGGGCAGAACUCUGCUCGGUUGCUGCUUGGUGGUUAUUUGGGUUUGGUUUUUAAUGAGCUCACAGCAUGGUUUCUCACACAGCCGGUACAGUGCAUUUUUCUCAGUUUGCCUGCUGUGCUUCUUGCCCAGAGGAACUGAAGAAGGAAACUUGGUUCUCUUCAUUUAAUUGGAGACAGAUCAAAAUUCAGUGGUGGUGAACCUGUGCCUCAUGCCAGGCCAAGGGCAGCACUGCAGACCCAUGACUCCCUUAUACCUCUGUGGAGUGCCCUCAGCUUCCAAAGAAGCUCUGAUGGACCUGCUGGGAGAUGCUCUGCUCUGUCAGCAGUGUGUGCAGGGCAGGUGUCUGUUGUGGUCAUCCUCCUCCUCCCAUCUCCUGUUGCAUCACUCUGCUCUGACCAGAGGGCAGCUGCACUAACUGGGGCCAUGCUCUUCAUCCUUUCAGUCCCCAGGAGCCUGUUUUCCUGUGUUUAACUCUCUUAGCUCUGUUGUCUGUACUUACACAGAAGGUUCUGGUUCAUGUGGAAGGGGAGCCUGAGAUAUAAAGCCCUUUAAAAUACUUUGGUUUCCUAAACUAAAUUUGUAUUGCAGCAGUUGUUGCUGUGCCAGACCUUGAGUAGGUGUUCCCAGAGAGAGCUGUGGGAGGCGAGUGGAGCCGUACCUGCCCAGGGCUGUGUGAGAGGAGGGCAGAUGCACCAGGAGAGGGCAAUCCAAAACACAGCAAGUUUUACCGAAGCAAGCGGUUCUUCAUAAAAAAAGCCAACACAGAACAGAGCUUUACUAGUCAUUCUUUCUUUCAGAGGGAAGGAUAAAUACAGAGAGAUGUUUUGAAGGGAUGCCAGUGGCUAGGAGCACUCUGCCCUCCUCAGGGGGACACGGCCGCGUGGCCUGUGUCUGUGCUGCCGCUUCCCAUCCUGAACAGGGGAGGAUCAGCCUGCAAGGAGUUAAAUUCUCAUUCUGUAGCUUUCCCACAUGCUUAUGGGAAACAGGAAUUCAGUCUGCCCAUCUGCUCUGCUCCCUGCUCUGCUCUUUCCCUUUUCUCCAUCUUUGCUGGCAAGAGAAAUAAGAAAAAGAGGGGAGGUGGCACGCUACAGCUAGCAAACGUUAUCACCUCAGAAAAAGCCUCAUCCCUUCUGGCAGUGAGGGUGCUGUCUUGGGGAAAGCAGCCCGAAUUCACAGAGCGUGGCUUUGAAAGGCUCCCAGCUUCUUGGUGCUGCAUCUGCCUCUUCUCCCCCACCCAGAGAUGUCCAAGAAAUCAAGCAUGCAGAUUCCUCCCGAGAGCGAGUGCUAAAGCCAGGACAGCUCUGAGAACAUCUGGCCAAUAAAGGGAGGAGACCUAAUGAAGCAGAGCAGAUGGUGAGAGAAAACAGCCCAGUGGCUCCUUGGGAGCAGCCUAGGCCAGGAGAGCAGGGCCAGUCCCACACAGGGGUGCUUGGAACCCCUCCUGGAAGGACAGCAGGGUGAUGAUCCAGAAGUAUGGAGAGCAGAGUUUGAAGGAGCUGGCUGGGUUUUAUCCAGCAUUUAUUCGCUGGGAUAUAGCUGGAUGGAUGCUGAGAUAGGUCUGUGCCUUGGCCACUGGCUUUUGGGUGCUGAGCUGUCCCUCUCCUCGUGAUGCAGUGCCAAGGUUGUGGUUGUGUGUGGCUCGGAGGAUGGCGUGGAAGCUGCUCUUGUCUGGCUGAAACCCUUGCAGGUGGCCCCAUCAAAGGGGAGGAGAGGCCUCAGUAUGGCCAGUGACUUUUCAAGAUUCCCUUUGAGCUCACUUCUCUGUGCCUGUUCCCUGCUGCUUUCCAUCCUUCCUUCUCUUCCAGAGGUUGCAGGGGGUUAGGAUUUGCAGCAUCCAGGCUUUAUUUGCUGCCUGGUUUCCCUAUGUGGCUUUGGGGCUGUCGGCAAGUCCCCCUGCGUGGGGAAGGGAUGUGUGCCACGGGGAAGCACUCCCAGGUGGUUUGGGGUUUAUGGACGGGGCUGCAGGAGCUGCUCCAUCACAGGGCCCUGGGCUGUCCCACCAUGGUUCAGAGGAAAUGCGUUUUCAGUGCUCAUGGCUGUGGCCUGUGUGUAUCAGAUAAGCUCCUACCUCUCACAUCCAGGCGUGAUCCCAAAGUCAGCUGUUGCUCCUCCUGCACCUUUGUCUGCCCCAGUCCCCGCGCUCCUCCUCCUGCUGGUGUUGUUGCCAGCCUUCAGCCUCAACAUUUGAGAGGGGGCUGAGAGAUCUGAGAGCUGGGUCCUGCUGUGUUUUACUUCCCCAACAGCUUCUCAUGUUGACCAUUCUGCCUCCCAGCACAGGGAGGGAGAGAGGGAAGCACCAUCCUGUUCAGGAGGUGACGGUCUCUGGGGAUUUCACUGGAUCUUCCAAGGAGAAAGGGAGAGAGAGAGCACAAAGCCUUUGAGCUUUGUAAUUUGGAACAGCCGAGUGACUUUGGCCUUACCCUACCAGGACACAGCCCUUGCCCUGACCCCAGAGUAUGCCCUGGGGAUUUUUGGGGUUUAUGGCCCGGGCCAGGCCCUGGGGCUGGGGCUGGCUCUAGCUGGCCACACAAAAGCCAGUUUCCCAGCCCAGUGUGUGCUCCCUCCUCUCCUCCACCGUUCUCCUUUGCACUUGCAGGGGGAAGAUGAUCUGCCUUAAGCAUUUUGUUUUGGUUUUAGUACAUGUUUUUAUUCCAGAAGGCAAUGGGAUUGUUUUGUCUCCCUGGCAAAGAGGGGCUGGGGCUCCUGGGGGGAGAGCAGCAAGCCCCCACAGUAGCUCCACAGCAGUCACAGUUGGCCUCCGUGGCUGUCACUCCCCAAACUUCACCUCCUUGACAUGACACCAUCCCAAAUACCAUACUGUGGGGUUCAACUGCCCUGUGGGCGUCCCUCAGGUGCUGCUUAUCUGUCAGAGAAAUGCAGGCUUGCCGGGGGAGGAGAGGAAAGGGAGGGUCCCAGAUGCUGAUGCCCCAGCCCUGUUCCCAGUGGGAGUCAGAGGUGGCUCUUGACCCCAGCAUUGCUGUGCCACUGGGCGAGAGGCACCCACCCUGCCUGGGAAGAUGCCCCAUGGCCUGACAGUCCCUCAAGCUCUAGAAACCAAGCUGCAAACUCUUUGCUCCAGAUGAGAGAUUGGGCAGCCUGGUAGAACUUGUAAUGACCUCUCUCCGCCCCAUAGGUCUCUCCUGGCGAAGGAUCAGCAUUUGGAAGGGGCCCGGGUUGGAGAUGCCAAAGCUUCCCCCGCCCCAUCCCGCUGCCUCCUUCCUCUCCCCCUCCCCUCCGUGUUGGUCUAAAUGAUCUUUCUAUGAAGCCCUGUAGAUGUCAAAAGUAAUUAUGGAGUGUGAUUAGUCCUCUGUGGGUGCUUUCUUUCUCUCUUUUUCUUUCUUUCCCCUUCCUUUCUCUUUUGCUAUCCCCUUCUCCACUCUUCUUUUUCGACUAAGUGGAAAAGGUGAGGACAAAGGAUUGCCGCUUGCUUGGACUCAUGAUGUAUCUGUGACUGCGCUGUUAGCUGUCUCCUCCUUCCUCCCCAAAUGGAUAUCAUUUCUGAAGUGUGGAAUACCCUUCUUGAUAAGUAGGUAUAAAAGAGAAAAGAAAAAAAAAAAGCCUAAUAAUGCACAAUGUGAUGCUGUUUCAUAGUUCCUAGGUGGUUGUAUAAAGCAAAGUUACUGUGAUUGUGUUUUUCAAAGGAAAAAGUGAUUGGUUACGAAAUCUGUC